AUGAGGAGCGUGAGAGGACUGAUUCGAAGAGCACCCUCCUCCUCGCGGCGAUUGUACGCGCAUGACCCUACAGCAAUCUCACACUCUGAGCAAGUCGAGAAAGAAGGAGACGAGGGACGAGGUUUCACUGUCGGGGAUUUGUUAGAGACCAUUACAGAAGCCGAAGAGGAGUUGCUGAGAAGGCUCUCUGGUUCCUUGGUGAAAGCCUUUGCUACUCUGAGAAUGUUCGACGAAGCCAUCGACACUUAUUACUCCCUGCCAUGUACUCCCGAUGUAAAGGCACUAAAUUUCCUGAUGAGUCGCAUGAUUGCUUCCGGAGAAAACGAGAUGGCCGUCUCUGUUUUCCGCCAGUUUCGGUUGGAUUUGGACGAGGACACUCACGCGCUUUUGGUCCUGGCGUAUCGCAAAGUUGUCCGUGGUCUGUGCAACGAGAUGAAGGUGGACGCUGCUGAAAGACUUGUUCUUGAGAUGGAGAAACACGGGAUCGGUCAUGAUGUCUGUGUCUACUCGGCGAUAAUCCAAGGGCAUCGCAAGGGCAUGAACUUCCAUCAGGCUCUGCGUUUUUUCUCUGAGAAAGUGGCGCCGAAGAGAGGACAAACAAACUGUGUGAUUGCAAGCUCGAUCCUCCAGUGCUUUGUUGAGAUGGAGAUGUUCUCGGAAGCUUAUCAUCUGUUUAUAGAGUUUAGAGAGAAGGAGGUUUCUCUUGAUGAGGUUUGCUACAACGUCGCGUUUGAUGCUUUGGUGAAGCUUGGCAAAGUAGAAGAAGCGAUCAAGCUGUUCCGAGAGAUGACGACUCGUGAAGGUAUAGCUCCUGACGUGGUCAACUACACGACCUUGAUAGGCGGUUGCUGUCUACACGGCAAAAUCGAGGAAGCCCAUGAUCUGAUGGCUGAGAUGGAAGGAAGAUGUAAAACGCCUGACACUGUUAUAUACAACGUACUCGCCGGUGGGUUAGCUAGGAACCGUCGUGUGCAAGAGGCACUCGGGACGCUAAAAGCAAUGGAAGCUCGAGGCGUGAAGCCCACUUCCGUUACACACAACGUUGUCAUCGAAGGCCUGUUUGCUGCAGGUGAAACAGAGGAGGCGGAGGAUUUCUACAAGCGUUUGGGACAUGAGGAGAAUGAGUUGAGCAUGAUAAAAGGUUACUGCGAAGCUGGUCUUGUUGAUGAGGCCUUUGAACGAUUCACUAGAGCGGGCUUUCCUCUGACCAAGAAUGUGUAUUUCACACUCUUCUCUAGUCUUUGCGCCGCCGAUAAAGAUGGCGUCGGCAAAGCUGAGUACUUGCUGUAUAGAAUGCCGGAACUCGUUGGAGUUGAACCUGGCAAGUGCAUGUUUGGGAAAUUGAUCAACGCUUGGUGUAGAGUUGGGGAGGUGAGAAACGCCAGCAAGUGUUUCAAAGCUUUGGAGUCUAGUAAAGGGAUAAUCCCUGAUUUGUACACUUACACAAGCAUGAUCGACGCGCAUUGCCGGGAAGGCGAGCUCGAUGAAGCGUAUGCUCUUUUCCAAGAUAUGAAGCAGAGAAGAAUCGUGCCUGAUGUGGUGACGUACACAGUUUUGCUCCAUGGGAAUCCAGAGUGGGAUAUGAAGAGGGAGAUGAAUGCUCUCGGCGUCAAACGAGACCUUCACUACUACACGGUUAUGAUGGAUGAGCAGUGCAAGAAUGGGGAACUUGAAGACGCGGAGAGGAUCUUUGGUGAAAUGAUCGAAAGUGGGAUUGAGCCUGACGCUGCGCCUUACACAUCACUAAUAGCUCGUUGUUGUAGGGAUGGAUCCUUCGGUGUGGCCGACAUACUUGUGCAAGAGAUGUUGGCAAAGGGGAUUGAGCCAAGUCAAGAUAUUAUCAAUUUACUCGAGAAUACUAGAUCAAAGGCCAGGGGGCUUCGACGUCCCAAAUGA